CCAGUCGCAACGGUACCGUGAUCGUAGCCAAUUAAUGUCUCGUACGAAAACUGGUCUUGCUUCCGGAUACCGGAAUUCACUUUUCUCCUUGGAAAAUGUGAAAAACCAUGGAAGACGCAACAACGAAUCCUCUUCCGAUCGCUAGACGAAAAUGAACACAAUGUCGAUUUAUAUCGUGCCCCUCGAAAUUCUAAUCGCGACGAUUCGGCAGACGGUAGACGCGCUAAAUAUAUACCGUCACGUUCUAACGAGUCGUGAAAUUAUCCGAUCGAAAACAAUUCGAUAAGGUGGCACCCAUGUAUACAAAGGGGAAGGCUCGUCUCUAAAUACUUGUUGUUAGUACCUACACGCGUGCAAUACAUUUAAGACUGUACGGUAUAAGGUAUAACGCUUCGACAUCACGUGACGCGUAUAAUAUCGCUGUAAUGAGGAACCCAACAAGCAUCUAUGGCAAUUGCAACUUCUAUCGUUGAACGAUAUAAUAUGCGAUUAGAGGAGAUGCCAUUGCGUUUAAGCUCGGACGAGCGGGAUUUUGAAAUGGACGAGGAGACCGAUUAUCUUCUACAGCCCUCCGAGGACAGUAUACGACUUCUAACUUCGAGGAGACGACGAAUCAACGAUUGUUCCCUAUUUUUCAAGAAUUUCGUUUGCGGAUGUUGUACCUGGAUGUGGAGGAGAUGCUGCAGAGUACGCGAAUUAAGAGCAAGAGUUAUUCAUAUAGGUCAACCGAUGCACGAAAAAUUUCCCACUAACGUCAUAAGAAAUCAGAAGUACAAUGUGGUUACGUUUCUACCUUUGGUUCUUUUCCAACAGUUCAAAUUUUUCUUGAAUUUGUAUUUUUUGCUUAUGGCAAUAUCUCAGUUUAUACCAGAUAUCCGAAUAGGAUACCUGUACACAUACUGGGGGCCGUUAUGCUUCGUAUUGACCGUUACUAUUUGUCGAGAAGCGAUCGAUGACUUCAGACGCUACAAGAGAGACAAAGAGGUCAAUGCACAGAAAUAUUAUAGACUCGUUAAAGGGUUCGAGAUGCCAGAAUUGGUACCCAGUUCCAAGCUGAGAGUCGGUGAUCUGGUAAUUGUUGAAAAGGGUCAGAGAGUCCCAGCAGAUUUGGUGUUAUUACGUACAACUGAAAAAGCAGGAGCAUGUUUCGUACGAACGGAUCAGUUGGAUGGAGAAACAGAUUGGAAGCUACGAUUGGCUGUACCAGCAACUCAAAAAUUAGAAAGUAACUCCCAGCUGUUCGACAUAAAAGCGAGUAUAUACGUUGAGAAACCGCAAAAGGAUAUUCACAGCUUCAUAGGAACAUUCACAAGGUACGACGGGUACAGUAGCGAAGAAAGUUUAGGCGUUGACAACACGUUGUGGGCAAACACGGCUAUCGCAUCGGGUUCGGCUCUUGGUGUUGUCGUUUACACAGGGCAGGAAACGAGAUCUCUCAUGAAUCAUUCGGCGCCACGGUCGAAAGUUGGCUUGUUAGAUCAAGAAAUAAAUCAAUUGACAAAGGUGUUAUUCUGCGCUGUUAUCGGACUCGCGUUAGUAAUGAUGUCUUUAAAGGGAUUUAACGGGCCAUGGUACCGUUACAUGUUUCGUUUCGUUUUAUUAUUUUCUUACAUAAUACCGAUCAGCUUAAGAGUAAAUUUAGACAUGGGGAAAGCCUUUUAUGCAUGGUGCAUACAAAGGGACAAAGAAAUUAGUGGAACGGUUGUGAGAACAACUACCAUACCGGAAGAGCUUGGUCGCAUAUCAUACCUAUUAAGUGACAAAACCGGCACGUUAACGCAAAACAAAAUGGUUUUUAAAAAAUUACAUUUAGGCAUGAUGUCUUAUGGUCAAGAAACGUUUGACGAAAUUACGUCUGUGCUGAAUACAUGCUAUUCUUCCAAUUCCGAAACCUCUCCUAUGAAACCAUCGGCGACUAUGCAUAGCGGAAAAGUAAGGAGAUCCGAGAGUACCAGGAUAUACGAUGCAGUGCAUGCUUUAGCGUUAUGUCAUAACGUUACUCCGGUUUACGACGAGGUAACAAAGCCAGCAAAUUUGGACACGGUCAGUGUACAAACAGGGGAGACGGAAGAUUCCGGAUCGAUUCAAAGUCAAACAGAGGCGGAUCAACAUUACUAUUUACCGGAACAAAAACGAAACUAUCAAGCUUCGAGCCCGGACGAAGUAGCAUUAGUCAAGUGGACGGAAGAAAUGGGAUUAGCCUUGAUUAAACGAGACCUAAAUUUUAUGCAAUUGAAAGCUCCAAAUGGCAAAAUUUUAAACUACACGAUUUUACAAAUAUUUCCAUUCACAUCGGAAACUAAACGAAUGGGCAUAAUAGUAAAAGAGGAGUCUAAUUCUGAAAUAAUAUUUUAUCUGAAAGGUGCAGACGUAGUGAUGUCCGGAAUAGUGCAAUAUAACGAUUGGUUGGAAGAAGAAUGUGGUAACAUGGCUCGAGAAGGUUUGAGAACGCUCGUUGUCGCGAAGAAAAAUUUAACAGAAGAACAAUACCUCGAUUUUGAAGCAAGAUAUAAUGCAGCGAGAAUGAGCGUCAGUGAUCGAGUUUCCCGGGUUACCGCUGUUAUCGAAAGUUUGGAAAGGGAAAUGGAAUUAUUAUGCGUGACUGGAGUCGAAGAUAGAUUGCAGGAUAGAGUAAGACCAACGUUAGAAUUUUUAAGAAAUGCUGGAAUUAAAAUUUGGAUGCUGACAGGCGAUAAAUUGGAAACGGCAACUUGUAUAGCGAAAUCUUCGUGUUUAGUUUCACGAACGCAGGGUCUUCACGUUUUUAAAUCAGUAGUAACUCGGACCGAUGCGCACUUGGAGUUGAACACAUUUCGCAAAAAGCAAGAUUGUGCCUUAGUGAUCAGCGGAGAUUCUCUGGAAGUAUGUUUGCAAUAUUACGAACAGGAAUUUUUGGAAUUAGCCUGUGGUUCACCGGCUGUCGUCUGCUGCCGAUGUUCGCCUACACAAAAGGCUGACGUAGUCAGUCUUAUCCAAAGGCACACGGGGAAAAGAACCGCAGCUGUCGGAGACGGUGGAAAUGAUGUGUCUAUGAUCCAAGCAGCGGACGCUGGUAUAGGUCUCGAAGGUCUCGAGGGAAGACAGGCCUCUUUGGCCGCAGACUUCUCCAUUUCUCAGUUUAGUCAUUUGGCCAAUCUUCUAUUGGUUCACGGCCGAAGAAGUUACAAACGUUCCGCUGCUUUAAGUCAAUUUGUUAUUCAUCGAGGCUUAAUUAUUUCUACUAUGCAAGCUGUAUUUUCUGCGGUCUUUUAUUUAUCGUCGGUAUCCUUGUAUCAGGGAUUUUUAAUGGUGGGUUAUGGAACAAUAUAUACAAUGUUUCCAGUAUUUUCUUUGGUACUGGACAAAGAUGUGUCUGGAAGAAUUGCACUCACUUAUCCAGAAUUAUAUAAAGAAUUGAGUAAAGGACGAUCAUUGUCCUAUAAGACGUUUUUCAUGUGGAUUUUAAUAAGCAUAUAUCAAGGUGGAGUCAUAAUGUACGGCGCACUUAUAAUGUUUAAAGAUGAAUUUAUUCAUAUAGUGGCUAUUAGUUUCACAGCUCUCGUGUUAACGGAAUUAAUUAUGGUAGCUUUGACUAUCAGAACGUGGCAUUAUAUUAUGAUACUUGCAGAGAUUUUCUCCUUGGCACUUUAUUUGUUAUCUCUGGUCGUUUUAAAGGACUACUUUGAUGCCGAGUUCAUAAAGACGACAGACUUCUUAUGGAAAGUAUUGUUGAUAACUUUAAUUUCAUGCAUGCCACUGUACAUUUUGAAAUUCUUAAGAAAAAAAUUUUCACCUCCUAGUUACACCAAAUUAUCUUAAGUUUCACGUAUUAAAAUUAUAUUUUGUGAAAAUAAUUCGUACGAGGAGUUAUAGGUACGUCUCUGUCCCUGUGUUUGUACCGAAAAAAAUAUUUUUAAAAGAACGUAACGGAGUUACAAAGUUGUUUUUUGUUAACUUUUUUUUGUUAACUUUGAUUCGAAUCCAGUAGUGCUCAGUAUCGUUUAAAUAAACUUCCGUGUUGCGAAUGUUCUUUAAUAUUUUCCCAGUUGAUCUAUAUGUAAUCGAUUAACCCAAACUCUACAAGUUAUUGUAAAAAACAUUUUUAUGUGACGGCACUAUAUUGAGCGUUUUGACUGAAUUUAAGGAAUGAAUGGAAUCACAUUUAUCUUUAUUUGUAUGUCUCAUUAACGAUACGUUAUAUCAGUACUCUAUUGACGCGUAAAUUUAUUAUACAUUACCUCCUAUGCAGUUUUAAUUUAAAACGCAUUGGAAUUUUUAUAAUUGUAAAUAGAAACGUUGAUCUUUAAUUCAUGCUUUUUGAUCAUGUAUCUCGCUUAUUAUUAUGUAUUCAAACAAAUAUGAUGUUCUCUUCCAUAAAAUGUGUUCGUGCAACAUGUAGCAUUUAAUUCAAUUUCAUAUAAUAUUUACUGUUCGUUCUCGACCGUAUCAUUUGCAGUAUUCUUUACAUUAUGUUUAUAACAUUCGGAAAAUUAACUGAAAUGUAAGGCGAUUCUUUAUUUGAAUUUUUUAUUUUAAUUUUUGUAUGUAAAUGUAAAGAAAUAUGUUGGCAGUUCUUUAAAAUGAAUAAGCAUUGAAAAAUCUAUGUAGUUACGUUGUAUUCGUUCGACGGAAUAUUUUUGUUGUAUACUUCGAAUAUACGAGUUAGUUUCAAAUUUAAUGUAACUAUAAUGAAUUUGCUGUGAAUACACGACCCGGUGUAAUAAAAGGAAAACCAUUUUUUAUAUUC